AUGUCCAAUUUCUCACUCCUUUUUGGUCAACAACAAGCAAGCAUUGUGAGUAUGAAAAGUGUUCUUAGUGAAUUGAAUAGAGAACAAAUUAUUGAUUUCAAUCAAUAUAUAUUAAAUAAGUCUAAACAUAGUAUAUUCGAUGAAAAAGCUCAAAAACAACUUGAUAUUAAAUAUUGGUUUGAUAAUAGAGAAGAAACGUAUCAAAAUGAAAAGUUAUGGUUUGAUAAAAUGAUGGUUAGCCAUUCGUGUUUGUUAUUAUGUUAUAAACAUAGUCGAAUGUUUUAUCUGUUAAUAAUCCGGCUCUCGAUUGACUAUUGUAAAGACUUCUGUGAUUAUGAUAAAAACGACUUAGUUAUUCGCUAUACUCAAAAGAGUCAGACUGAAAAGAGUAAGAAGAAACGGGAUGCAUGCAAAACAUUUUGUACAAGACAAGAACGUGAACAAGGCUCUAAACUUGUCAAUGUCAAACGAAUAUGUGAUAAUAGAUGCAUAUUUUUCUUCAUUAUUACAAACAUUUCGUGUUAUCCUGUUAACGACAACGAUGAUAACGAUAAUGAUAGAGAGUUCAAAUUAAGACUUCGUUCAUUAAUAAAUCAUUUGAAUGAUGAAUCAAAUGAAGAACAAAUGGAAAAAAUACGAUCAUUAGAGAGUGAUGAUGGUGAUGUCCAAGGAGGUUAUGAAGACGAUGAUGGAGCUUAUGAGAAACGUCAAGCUGGUCAUGGUACAGUUGAUUCGCAAAUUCAAAAUGAUCAUAAUAAUUUAACAUCAUGGCAAAAAUAUUGGCUUGCUACACACUCAUUUCAGACAAGACGAAAUUCAAACCAAACUGAAAACAAAAGUCCUGAGCCAGUUGUUCAUUUUGUCACACUUCGUGACAUAUCGAACAAUCCAAGUAGAAAAAACAGUCGAAAUUCGAAUCAGAAUUUUCAAAAUAAGGAAUCCAGCUUGAUGGAUAUUGGCAAACAUUCAGAUACAGAUAGUCCAUCACAAACAAAAACGGAUUUUAUCGGUUCAUCUGAUUCAGAAUAUGUAUCAUCACAUCAGCGAGAUUCAACAGAAAGUAUGUUUAAAUCAGCAACUGCGAUCUCAGAAUCUUUUCAAGAUACUAGUGUAGUGUUGGACAAUAUUAAUGUGGAAAAAUCACAAAGUGAGACAGCAAGUCCACUAAAUACUCAACGGCACAAAUUACCCCUAGCAACCCGAUCUGAGAUAAUCAUAUCAUCAGCAAUCAAUAUCAAGCCUAGAAUUAUCCUAAAAAAAGACGUUAUAUCGGCCACCACUUCAACAAUCAUAAAAGCAAACAAAUUAUCUCAAAAAAUAGUUCAUACUCGUUCAGAUAAUGCCAAUAAUACUCGUCUCACGUCGACCCCAAAACAAGAAAAAGGCAAGUUACAGCAACACCAACAGUCAUUUGACGAACUUUCGUGGGUCUCUACCCAAUCACGGACGAAGAAAGCAGUUAAACCAACGAGCAGCACCAAUACGAAAAAACCCCGUUCAUUGAUAGCAAAAUCGAAACAUCCAAUAUCAGUUUUUAUUCCAACAUCCAAUAUCAAAGCAAAAGCGAAACCAGUGACGGAAAAAGUGAACAAGAGUCAACAUGAAAAAGAAAACUGGACGUUACCAUACGUUGGCGAACGAUACGAUCCACCUGCUCCGUGCGUUUCACCAUCGGUAUCAGAGCAUUCCAGUUCUGUAAUGUAUAUGUCUGAACAUGCGACUUGA